GGUGACAUCUCUCAUCAUCUCCGCUGCGGGAUCAGAGCCUGGAUGACGCCCUCAAGCUGGUUGGAUUUGGAAAGACGGGGUUGCUCAAGGGGACCAUUACAACCAGUGUCCACUACCCCAGCACCCACCUCGACUCAUCCACACUGCCUGCUUCCCUCCAUGUUAGCUCUGUGCCUCAGUUUCCCUCCUCACCUUUCCUGCUUUACUUUAAUCACAGGUCACAUCCCCCAGGUUGUUUUGAGAACCUUGGACUUAAAUAACUGAAUUUAUCAUUACCUGCUUGGAAAUCCUCCUCUUCCGGACACUGGAACCUACAGAGAGACCCAAACUGAGCCUCUUCUGUGGCCCCCAUGGACUUGGGGGUUCCUUGGCUGUCGUCUGGUGUCAGUGAUGCUCUUUGUGGAUCCGAUGAGCAGGGCAGGAUGGUGCCCAGUGUGUUUAGCCUGAAACCAGUGACACCAGCAUGGAUGCUGCCCAACAUCUUCCAUGUCUGGAAGACUGGAGCGUCUCAAGGAGGCAGAACUAAGGUGGCCCCUCCAUCUUUCUCGGCAAGGAAGGGUUUGGCAGGGCGAGUACAAUCGCUGCCUUCAGAAAUGUCAGUGUAUACAAUUAAAUUAAUUUUAACCUUAAACUCUGCAUUUUUAGGUGCCUGUUCUGCAUUCAACUCUGCGCUGGGGUCGGGGGAUGAUGGAAUGCCCUGCCUUCAGUUCUGGAGUCCUCGGCACAGCCCUCAUGGCUGCUCUUCCUCACCCUUCUUUUAGCCUUCUACUGACUUCUUCCCUUUCAUGAACUCCUGAUUACUGGGAUAUGGCUUUGUUUCUUCGAAGUCAGAUGCUUCUGGAGGAGGAAGGAACAGCCCACCAGGGUGCACGGGUUGAACAACCCCAACUCUUCCAGUCUGUCCUUGUAUGGGAUGUGCCUCAGCUCUCGGAUCAUCUCCGUGGUCUCCUCUGGUCUUGCUCCAACAGCUCCAUGUCCUUCCAGUGCUGAGGACUCCAGAACUGGACACAGGGCUCCAAGUUGGGUCUCACCGGAGCGGAGCAGAGGGGCAGAAUCCCCUCCCUCCCUGCUGGUCCCACCGCUCUGGGCGCAGCCCAGGACACGGGGGGUUUCUGGGCUGUGAGUGCCUCUUGCUGCCUCACGUUGAGCUUCUCAUCUACCAACACCCCCAAGUCCUUCCCCUCAGGUCUGCACCCAAUCCACUCUCUCCUCAGCCUCGAUGCGUGCCUGGGAUUGCCCCGACCCAAGCGCAGGACCUUGCGCUUGGCCUUGCAGUCAGGUUUGGCUUCACUGAAAAACAACGGGGUGGGAGUUCACCCUUUAUUUCACGGUGGCAGCGAAAUUUGGUUUAAAACAGCACUGAGAUUCCUUCUUUGUGCUCUGCUUUCCUCUGAAAACCAGAAAGAGCAACAAAAAGUUGAAGAAAGCACUAGGAAAAGACCUUGCUCCCAUUCUAAAGCUGCAGCUUGUGAGUUCUGACAGAGGUGAAAAAGGCAUUCCUCUAAAACCACAAAACCUACCAACGUUUCUCAGCCCUUUCCACCAGCAGAACAAGCGAGCGGCGUUUUCUCCAUCCCCAAUUUCCGCUGAGUGCGAGAUGCUGCCAUCCCUGCUCCGUCCCCCACCCAGGGGAGCACCUGCAGGAGAGGGGACCACCCCCACCCCUGAGCAUCUGCUCUGGGGAUGACAUUGAGCAGGAACAGAUUGGGGUCCAGGUCACCUUCCUGAGAGCUCAGCCUGACAUCGGGCUUUUCCUUGGUGGGCUUUUAAUGACCACCUACGGCCUCGAGUUGCACCAGGGCAGGUUCAGGUUAGGUAUUAGGAGACAUUUCUCCACCAAAAGGAUUCUCAGGCCCUGGGGUAGAGUCUCCAUCCUUGGAGGGGUUUAAAAGCUGAGUGGACAGAGGCUUGAUUCAUUAGUCGACGUGCAGUUGAACUCGAUGACCUUAGAGGUCUUUUCCAACCAAGCAAUUCUAUGAUUUCUCCUUGUUACGCAGCCCAAAUCAGGGGGAUGGGUUCAUUCCAGAAUACCUGUGGCUUUCCUGUACUGAUGGACACUGUGGCCAUGAGCCAUGUGCCCUCUCGGGGGGCACCUGGGCGGGUUUCCAGCCCUACAUCACUGUGAUCUCAUAGUAGCCGUUGGGCUGAGAUGUGAUAAACAGCUCAGCAAAGGUCUUAUUUCUAUGAAAUGAUAUUCUUACUUUUCAUUUCCUUUUUUUUUUUUGGAGGGUGUGGGUUCAGGACCCCUAGCGGGGUGAUGCAGUUCCGCUCCAACCUCUAAGUCGAUGCUCUUCUUCUUCCUCCUGCAGCUCUCCGGGAAUUGUUUCCAGCGAAGCGUUUAGCAGCAAGACUUGGUGUUUUGAAUAAUUUCCACUCAAGAAAAAGAAUCACUCAGGCAACAACAGGAAACACCUGGCUCAGGGUGACAUCUCUGAUUUGAGUACGUCUGUCCUUAUAAUAAGCCCGGCAGUAGAUGUUGACUCCAGUGCAGCAGCAGCUCCGUGAACCGAGGCAUGGGCUGUAGCACGUGUCUCUGCCUGCUCCUCUCUCUCGGCUGCGUUUGGGGCAUGGGCCAUGGGGCGAGGGAGACAGUGCUGGGCACCCUGGGGAAGGCGACGAUAUUGUGGAUUCCCCGUGAACUCCAGGACCUCACCCGGCGCUUCGGGGCGGCCAUCUGGAAACGGGACACAGAGGACCCGGGGAGUAAGGACGUCCUGCUCAAGUACUCAGAGGGCAACUCCACCAACUACAUGCAGGGACAGAUGCGCUUCCACAAGUUGAACUUUUCCUUGGAGAUCCUGAACACCAGCCGGCAGGACCGGCAGAUCUACGAGUAUAUCGUCAGCAAGGGGUCAGAGGAGAAAGUCUGGCAGAUAAAGCUGGAGGUGUACGAGCCGGUGUCCAAUCCCAGGAUUCAGAUCCUCAACCGGACGCUGGCCGGCGGCAGCUGCGCCGUCACCCUCAACUGCACGGUGGAGCGAGGGGACAAUGUCUCCUACAGCUGGAGCAGCCAGAACACAGACACCUCGGGGCUCUGCUCCCGCAACAGCAGCCUCCUGCACCUCUCCUACACCCUGCAGAACUCAAGCAUCACCUGCACCUGCACAGCCAGCAACCCUGUCAGCAGACGGGUUGUCAUCUUCAACUCCUCCGAGUGUAGCUACAAGCAAGGAGGCAGCGCCGGGCUGAGGACGGAGCAUCUUGUGCUGGUGGUGGUGGUGCCCAUCAUCAUUGUCAUCGUCGUGAUGGUCCUCGCUGUGAGGUUCAUGGCUGUGCAUUGGGGCGUGCACAGAGCUUGGGGAUUUGUUUGUCCCCCCGCAGCCGUCCAAGAGCGGGAGGACUCACCGCUCACUGAGGACAGCACAGUGCACACCAUCUACUCCCAGGUGCAGCGCAUGGAGAAGCCGAAAGGGGUCCCUGCAGGCGAGCGACCCUUCUGCACCACCAUCUACGCUGCAGCCACAGGCUUGCCCCCCGACACGGUGCCCGGCAGAGCCCAGCGCCCACCCCGCAGCCCCCCGACAGUGCCGCCCGUCCCGCAGCACUCUCCUCUCUCACAGAGCUCUGACAAGGAGCCCACGACGGUUUAUGCCAGCGUGAUGAUGCCCAUGGCCUGAGCUUCUCCAGGUAGUGGGCAGCAGCUCAGCUUGGCUUCUGCUCAUCCAGGCACUGACAUCCACCUUCCCGGCUGGAGGAAACCCUGCUUGUCCCUUGGGAAUUGGGGCAGAACCCCAGCUGCAGCGGAGCUGGGGCUACAACGCUGGCUGCAGAACAAAGAGCAGGGCUGAAGCGAGGCAAGAAGUCUUCCCAGGUUGCGGCUAAGGGCAACCAGAGGAGAUGCCAAAGCACCAGGAAAGGGUAGAGAGGCUCUGGAUACGACCCUAAAUCUAGGCGUGAGUGAUGGAGAGAGAAAAAGCACCUCGGAAGAGAGGUCCAACCCACCAGCACCAGUGGGGAAGCAUGGCUGGAGCAGGUUUGCACCCAAACUUCUUCCCUGCCCAGUGGGUUUUCACCCCAUGGCCUCAUCCUGCUCCGUGGCUGCGCUAGAGGGAGCCUCCAGCUCAUGCUGACACCGGUGACACACAGGGACGUGUGUUCGAGGGCCACGUGAAAAAGAAACCAACAGAAAUGAUGUUUUUCUUGACUUCUGCUCUGCAAUUGGUUACGAAACACCCGCCUUUCUGCCCAAGCGGAUGGUUUUGCAAUCCUCUCCGGGCUGAACCCCAGCCUGACUCCUGUCCUCCACCACGGACACCGGCAGCCCGCGGGAAGCCACCGUGUCCCACCGCACUUUUCCAUCCCCGUCAUUUCCCACAGAUGGCUAUGGAAAGAGGAGAGGAUCUUCACUUCAAAGAGAGAAAAGAGAGGCAGCCCCUGCUCACAUCCCCGCCACCUCCCUGCCCGCAGCAUCCCGCAUCUUCCCGGCAGGAAUAUCAGCAUGGAGAUGCUGGAGGUGGCUUGGAAGAAGGAUCGGGGCUGUAAAGUUUAUCCAGCCGCCCUCAGUCUGAGUUAUUUUAUAAUCCAAACAUACCUCAACGCGUACAGCGGGUCUGGUCUCGUGUGCUGCUGCGAAGGGAAAGGAAAAUAAAUGUGUAGUAAAGCCUCUUGGAAAGGUUUGCUGGAGGAAUGUGUCGGGGCUGGAUCAGGCUUGGGGGGGUGGGAGGAGAGAUCAGUGGCUUUGCUCUUCUGCAAAGUUCCUUCUUUCAUUACUACAGAAAAUCAGCUGAGCUGCUUCUUUGGAAAAGUCUGCCCACAAAGCAACCACUUCCCCCAGGAGCAUGGGGAGGUCCAGGGAAUGGCAAGGUCACGCCGGCCCUCGUGCUUCUCAAACAGUGCAAAAGUCCUGAUUUCUGGUGCUCGGUGCAGGAUGGACCCCAACCACUGUGGGUCCCUGCAGAAGGAUGGGGAAGGUGCCUGACCCUGAGAUGUGUCCUCCUGGUGUGCACCGCAGCCCAACCCAUGGCUGUGGGAGGAUGUCAGAUUGGAAGAGGUGACACGGAGAAUGUGAAUAUGGUCAUGGCUUGGGGUGCUGGUAGAGGAGAAGCUCAACAUGAGACUCAACGUGCGCUCGCAGCCCAGAAACCAACCGUGUCCUGGGCUGCAUCCAGAGAAGCGCGGCCAGCAGGGAGGGAGGGGAUUGUCCCCUCUGCUCCUCUCUGGGGAAACCUCAGCUGGAGGACUGGGGCCAAUUCUGGAAUCCUCAACAGAAGGAGAUGGAGCUGUUGGAACGGGUCCAGAGGAGGCUACAAGGAUGCUGCGAGGGCUGGAGAACCUCCUGUGCAAGCACAGGCUGAGAGAGUUGGGGUUGUUCAGCCUGGAGAAGAGAAGGCUCCGAGGAGAACUUAGAAUGACCUUCCAGUGCCUGAAGGGGCUCCAGAAAAGCUGGAGAGGGGCUGUUCAUAAAGGCUGUGGGGAUGGGACGAGGGGGAAUGGGGAUAAACUGGAGAGGGGCAGAGUUAGACUGGACAUGAGGAGGAAUUUCUUCACCAUGAGGGUGGGGAGGCCCUGGCCCAGGUUGCCCAGAGCAGCGGUGGCUGCCCCAUCCCUGGAGGGGUUCCAGGCCAGGUUGGAUGGGGUUUGGAGCCCCUGAUCCAGUGGGAGGUGUCCCUGUCCAUGGCAGGGGUGGGACUGGGUGGGCUUUGAGGUCCCUUCCCACCCAAACACUGAUGGGCUGGAGUGCGUCCAGAGAAGAGCAAGAAGGUGUUGAAGGGUCUGGAGCACAACUCUUUUAAGGAGCAGCUGAGGGACCUGGAGGUCUUUAGCCUGGAGAAGAGGAGGCUGAGGGGAGACCUCAUCCCUGUCUGCCAACUGCCUGAAAGGAGGUUGAAGUGAGGUGGGCAUUGUUCUCUCCUCCGUGCUGAUAGGACCAGAGGGAAUGGCCUCAAGUUGCACCAGGGCAGGUUCAGAUUGGCCAUCAGGAAACAUUCCUUCACUGCAACGAUUUCCGGGCACCGGAAUGGCUGCGCAGGGAGGUGGUGGAGUCCCCAUCCCUGGAGAUGUUUAAAAGCCGGGCAGAUGAGGUAGUCAGAGGUGGCUCAGUAGUGGACGGGGAUGGUUGGACUUGAUGUCAAAGGUCUUUUCCAACCUAGCGGUUCUACAAAACCAUUCUGUGAUUCUACGAUGCUCUUUGUCACAGCUGCCACAUUUGUCUUUGCUUGGGAACGGAGUUCUUCAGCUCCAGUUUCCAUUAUGCAUUUGCCAUGGGAUCUUCUCCUGGCUUACCCCGUCUGGUACCAGGCCUGGUACCACGGCGUGUCACGUUUAUCCCCACCCAUCCAACUGUGGGAGGGAAAACUUUGCUGGUGUGGGCGCAUGCGUCUUCCUCUUCUUCUUGCCACCACGGUUUAUAGCAGAUGUUCGGGCACGGAGGACCCCUCUCCGGUGGUCACGGGUCGAUGGAUGCUUUGUGGUGCCUGUCACUCGCUCUCCUCCUCCUCCAAGCAACAGGCACCGGUGGUGGCACCGAGAUGACCAGAGCCGUAGGCAGCUCCGUCACCUUCCAUCUCCAGAGCCUGAAUGAAGAAGCCACAGCCUGGAGCUUUCACAACGAUAUCAUAGUGACUGUGAAGUUCGGCAAUCCUCCG